CCGAAUUCCUACGUAUUUUUGAGAAAAAAAUUCAAAAAUAUCGCUUCACAACGCAUAUGAUGCACUCUAUGAUUUCGCGAUGAACUUCGACUCAGUGGAUAAAGAAUAAACGUCAAACAUUUAACCUUAAACAAACUGACCGUGUUAGUCAGUAAAUAGUCUUAAAUUGUUUCGCCGUUUAAAAAAAAAUGAACAACGUUGAAAUCGAGGACUUUUAUCACCAUGAUUUUACGACUGCUUCGGAAUGGGAGGUGUUUAUAGCACGUUUGGAAGAAAUUAUGCACGAAUGGAAGCUACACAACACAAAAAUUGGUUGUCCUUUGAAAUCUGGAGAUUUUAUUACGUGUCAGUGGGAAGAGAAUAUCGAGAAACUUCAUUUUGCUGAUGCAGAAUUUGUACUGAAGCAUUAUAAAUUGAAAUUGGAGGACAAUGAUGUAGAUAGCCCUUUAGAAGAAAGUGAGGAUGAACAAAUACAGUGUCAAAAGGAUGCACUGAACGUAUCGAAUGAUUUUGUCAGAAUUGAUGGAGAUCAUUUACAGAUAGCUCAUUAUUUCGGUUGUAGAGAGUUUCUUGUUUUACAGUCUUGUAAAAAGGAAGCUGUGACGGAUGAAACUAAACUUAGAAUUUUGCUUAGCUCUCUUGCAAUUGCUGCGACUAAUGCCAAUUGCGAUGUACCUACUUUGGUACAAAUACAAGAACCAUGGCAGAAAAUGUAUUUCGGUACUAGUAUUGGGAAAGGAAUUUGUAUUCACUUAGACAUGGUACAUUUGAAAAGAAUACCUCCUCAUUGCAAGUACCUCACUGGUUUACUUGCUUUAUUUAAACAGAAAGUAGGCGAAGGAUCUGGAGUAAAUCUUGAUACGAUAAUGGUAUCCGUAAGGUUUUCGUAUCUAUUGAAAGACUGGACUAAUAGUACGUGGACUCAAGAACCUCCAGACUUUGAUUUUAUGAUGGGGGAAACAGUAGGUGUAGAUGAACUAGGAAAACUUCCGUUUGGAGCAACAUUCGAUCCAAUCGCAGAGCUUCACUUGUUUACCACAUGGCCUGAAAUGUUGGAGAACGUUAUAGUCGAUAGCGAAAGUUUCACAGAUUUAGAACCACAGUUAGCUCCCAAGUGGUCCGUGCUAGUAAAAAUGUCUCCCAUGCCAGCUUGUCUACUCGGAGAAUAUUUAACAGAAUUCUUGCAUAUAUGCAACAGUCAAAAAAUGAUGGCAGACUUGCUCGGAGAUGGCGUAAUCUAUGCUCAAAACGAAGACCAAUCAUUGAGCUCGGUUUUUAAUAUAUUAACGGAAUCCAGAGUCCCCACAAUUGCAACGGUCGUUGGCAAAGCAGCUUCGAAAAAGAAUAAAAACGUGGACGGGCCAAUAUCGGAGGAAAUAUUAUUGUCGAUACUUUAUUUUCUUUUCCCGGAUGCAGACGAAAACUCUAAAGCUUCAUAUGGUGAUCUGACAUCCAAUGUGGACGAAGAUCAGUGGAAAGGUGUGAAAACGUGUCCCAUGGAUAGCUUAAUUUGGCGUCUCUCUAUCGUUGCUGCACACUGCACGCACAGCCUUGGAGGGGAGUCAGCGUUAGCGCAGUUAUGGUACGAGUUCGUGCAAGAAAUCAGAUUUCGCUGGGAAAGAAACAUCCUUAUACCUGGAGUCACUCCAGGUUUUCCAGAUUCCGUAAGGACCUGUAUAUUGCAUCAAAAGCUUCAGAUGAUGAAUUGUUGCAUCGAAAAGAAAAAAGCUAGAGAAGAAUUGGCGCACAGAUCUCAGAGUGUGGAUACUGACGAUUUUGAGACAGAAUCGGAAGAAGAGGAGUUUUUCGAGUGCACCAGCGAGGAACCAACAAACGAGGACGACUCGACGACAAGGACGCAACAGAAAGCGAAAUAUCUAUUGUGGAAUAAACCCUCAGGAAGAUUAGCCAAACAUCCUUCGUUUAAAUUGGUGCAAACGGGCGAUACUCUUUAUUUGCCAGUAACGCAAGACCCUGUGCUGAAAACAGAAGACCAACUCGAGGAGGAUGCACAAGUUAUGAUACAGCUUGGAACUGAUAAAUAUGCUUCGGAAAUGCGGGCCAGAUUAAUGAGUGCUUCGCUGUUAUCUGACAUGGAAUCUUUCAAGGCAGCGAAUCCGGGGGCAGUUUUGGAAGACUUCAUUCGAUGGUAUUCCCCAAGGGAUUGGAUCGAAAAUGGUGAAACAGACGAAUGGGGUCAACCUGCAGGAUGUUUAUCUGAAAGAAUGCUAAUUCCCAAUAAUCCUUGGUCUACAACCUGGAGUUCAGCGCAGCCAGUCCCAGCGCAUCGACAAAGGAGAUUAUUCGACGACACGAGGGAGGCAGAGAAGGCCUUGCAUUAUUUGAGUUCGAAACGAAUAGGACAGAUUGCUCAGUUUCUUUUACCAACUUUAACCCACGCUGCACUUUACACCUUAAGUCAACAAAAGCAGGAUGCUCUACCAAAUUUGCCUGAUGUCAUACACAGUAUACUGAAUAAAUUGCAGUAUGUUACAAAGCCUCUGCAACAGAAGAUACAUUUGUAUGAGGAAAUCACUCAUGAUAUAAAAGGAGUCGAAGCUUUGGUCGCCCAAGUCAAUUCCCUGCAACACAAACUGGGAGGCAACAAUGACUCUAAACAAUUCACUUCAUUUCUCAUUCAGUUGAUGCGAGGAAAGGAAGUGGAGGUGCCGGGUGGCUCUUCAGGGACUAUUGGUGGUUGUCGAAUAACGACAAUGUUCAGAGACGCUCAAAGGGCUGCGCUUCUAAUGACUUCCGUUAAUAGUCAUCCUGAAACGGACGGUGCCGGAGAUGGCAAAUACACAACAUUCCCCGAACCCUCGUCCAAAGAGUUCAUUUUACGCGCUGUGACGCCACGGCCAUCGCCAACCUCGACGCCACAACCACAAAGGCUAUACGUGUGCCUCAAGCGACAUUACAUUCGUAUGGCUGGCUUUUUCUCGGAGGAUACAAUAUUUUUAUAAAUCAAAUUUCGAAAAGAAGCGUAAAUUGAUUUUCUACCGUGAACUGUAUCGCAGGUGACCGUAUCUUUUAUUUUUCUUAUACUUUUCCAGCCUUGGUGCGAUCAGUACAUCGAUUUAUCAUUUCCAUUCUUUAACGCUUUGACUGCCAUAUAUGGGUGACAGGAUUUACCAUUAUGAUACUAGAAAAAUUAAUUCUCAAGUUAACAGAAACAAAUUUUAGGUUAUGUAGCUUACAAUGGUCCAAAAUAAAAAUUUUACUUGCGCGGAAUAUUAUACGGUUUCGAUCUGGCAGUGAAGGUGUUAAUGGAAGAAUUUUUACUUACCUCUCUUAGUCUUUAUGACAAAAAGAGAG